AUGACCAGUCGUCCAUCAGCAACGGCACCGUCGACGUCGUCGUCGACAGGCUCGCCCUCCCUCAGUGCUCCCCCAAUACGACUUCGACACCCCCUGCCCGUUCCUCCUCUACAACGUGGAGCACCUCAACAACAACAACAACAACAACAACAACCACCAAGCCGGAGCCGAUCCCUCAAGUCAUCGCACCCUUCCUCCUCCACCGCAUCCUCCUCUUCUGCCUAUUCGACACUCCGAACUUCGCCACGCUACAGCUAUCCCAUCACCACUUCCAUCCAUCACCCCCACAGCAACAACAACCCGGCGCCCUCACCUUCCACGUCUCCCUACUACUCGAGCUCCCACCCGAGUCCCGCCCCUUCUAGCGCCAGCUCGGCGGGCGGUAGUAGCAGCAGCGGCAGCGCCGCUAGCAGCAGCAGUCUCCGCACUCCGCCGGACCUGUUGAUCAACGGAAGCAGUGUGGGGCAUCAGGGCAGCAAGGCGGUCCAUCAGUUGGCGGUGAAUACAUGGAAUGGGUUGGCGGUCAAGACGAGGGAGGUCAGGAAUUUGAGGGAGCAAGAGAUCAGGAGGAGGCAGGAACUGUUAAAGGGGUUGGCGAGCUUGAGGGGGGAGGGCCUUCAACUGCCUAGUCCACCGCCGAGUCCCGGGCGCGAAGCCGCGGCGGUGGAGAGAGGGGGCAAGAGGAGGCGGGCGUCAGUUGAAGGGGCCGACGAAGCAGCACCGCACUCUCGAGCACCACCGCCGCCACCACUACCGCCACCUCGAUCAUUAACCACAGCAAUGACAGCAGUAUCAACAACACGCCACCCCUCCCUCCCACCGAGCAGCACACUCCCUUCGCUCGCCUCCGCCUACCGCACCGCUGCACGCGAUCUCAAACACGCCGCCGACGCGCGCGCCUCCUCUCUCUCCACCUCGCGCCCUUCCUACCUCGCCUCGCGCCCGACCCAAGUGUCCGCGCUCGAGCAGCUCGACGCCGUGCUCCUCUUCAGCUAUGCCUUCUGGCUCGACGACCUCUCCUCCGCGGGCGAUAAUAUCGUGACAAAGAACUGGAUCAGCCUCUUCGGCUUACUCCGCUAUGCGACGAACGCGCAUUCUGAUUUGGGCAACGAUGUGUGUCUCGGCGUAUGCCGGUUGGUUGAGGCGGCGGUGUUGCGCAAGCUGCAUGCUCACGAUACGGCCGUGCUGCUGCGGAUGCUCGAUCGGUCGGAGCCGACGCCCGAGACGGUGGCGACGAUGGUGCGCAGGCAGGCGGCAGAUUUGGAACGAUCCGAUCGGCUCGCGGCGCAGGCGAGAGGGUUGCUUUCGGUGAGCAGUCUGGCAGCCACGCAUCCGGCAUUGUUGGAGAAAGCGUUGGCCUCGUCGCUGAGCUGUACGGAAGCGGGGGCGAAGAGUGUCGAUCCCAGCAGUGCUGAGAGUUGCGGCAAGUUUGCUUGGCCGCUGGAUAGCACUUCGUCCAUCCCGCACCUUGUGGCGUUCGGCAGGUGUGCCGUGGCGGAGCAGGCGAGGCGGUCCGACGUGGGAUUCGUGCUGAAAUACGUGGUGGCGGACGAGUAG